AUGAAAACUGAACGGGAUUAUCUGCUUUAUGUCUUACCACCACUAGCACCUGCACCAGCAUCAGAUCCAGUAGGCGAAGAAGGUCGUUCUGAGCAGAAGGGCGGAUUGUGCUGGCUCACUUUUCCUGAGCGACCGCAACCAGGCCGACAAGAAGACCGAGGGGCUGCCGCCGGCGGAGACGGCUCGGCGGCGAAUGGGGCGGGUGACGAGCACUUCCCGGAGUUCCAUUCCGCCCCACCAUCCCACCAGAUCCUCAACAUCGUCCGAGAGAACUUCGUGCCCUUCUUACAACCGCAAGGCCCAUCGAGGUCCAACGAACGAUGGAUGGUUAUGUGGAAUGACCGAGCUGGACAAGGGCUUGCGAAGACAUGGCUCGAUCGGAUCGUCUUGCCUAUCCUCGACUUCGUCGGCACCCCCGCCUCUGAUAUCCGGGUCUACGAAUCCCGGCAAUCUGGCUGGGAAGACGAUCUUAUGAAGAAGACUGACGAGAAGCGCCCGACGAAGGUGAUCAUCCUCGGCGGCGAUGGGACAAUCUCAGAUUUCUUGAGCCAGGCCUAUGCUAAUCACCAGGAACGAAAGAAGAGUGAUCCAAGUGGCUGCAUGGACCAGCUUCACUUCGACCUGGUCAUCCUUCCCCUCGGCACAGCGAAUGCGAUGUUCUUCAAUACCCAUCCCAAAGUGAAAGAGCUGUCUAGGCCGAAAGACAUCCUGGCGGGUCUGUUGGACGCUGUACUGGAGCCCACUCGGCGGGCCGAUGGAGUGCCCGAGCUUGCACCGUCCAGGGCGACAUUGACGGAGGUCCAGACGCUCGAUCGCAGCAAAACGCUCGUCCAAGAAUUGGUCGCAUUCGUCGUCACCUCCACAGCCUUACAUGCCUCGAUCCUCGAGACUGCCAACCGAUUGGUCCUCCAACCAGACUACCAGCCUGCAGGAACUGAGGUGUUCCAACGAGCGUUUCUGAGCAACGUUUCGCGGACCUGGAAUGCCACCGUGAGCCUCCUUCCGUCUGCGCUCGAUGGUACGAUCCAAAGAUACGAUCCGACGACCGAGAGACUCUUGCCGGUCAGCAUGGAUGGAGGAGGAGAUGGUAUUGGAGCAACUCCCGAGGUCCGAUUGGAGGGCCCGUUUAGUUACUUCACGGGGUGUUUAGUCGACCGGUUAGAGAGCAAAUUCAUCAUUGCUCCUCUAAGGAAUCCCGACCGACUGCCACCAUCCCAACAGCGUUCCAGAGCUUCGACGAUCGACCUGGUCAUCCUCAGACCGACCCGUGACGCCAGGCUCAAAUCCAUCCUUCAGGACCCUCAGUCUACUGGCCCUGUUCGCGACGAUGCUCUCACUAAAUUCGUCAGCCUCGUCUUACAAACCGCGUAUCAUGAAGGCGACCACAUCAACCUGUUGUCUGAUGAUGGGCUCCCAAUCGUUGAAUAUUAUCGCUGCGGGGGCUGGAUUUGGACUUCCACUGAUCAAGACCAGACUCAUCAAGUCUGUAUUGAUGGCAAGGUGGUCGAAAUCCCCCCUGAUGGUGGUUCAGUAAAAGUUGAGGUCUUGUCCCCGGAUCAUACCAACAUCACAGUUUAUUAA